AUGAAGGCCUCCACUGUCAUCCUUGCCCUUGUCAACACUGCCCUGGUGUUGGCUGCUCCUGCCUCCGAGAUGAGCAGUAAUGUUGCUCGUGGAGACAGCGGAUGUUAUGCCUACUCUAAUCCCAAUUGUGGUGUCACUGGCACUUUCUGCCAAUGUCGUGAUGGUGGGACUCCUGGCGACCAGACGCCCUCUCCAGAUAACUGA